CCCCACCAUUAUUAUUAAUUUAAAAAAGUAAACAAAAAUCCAAACCGAAAAUUCUGCCGGCUUAAGUGCAUGUAUCUAAUUUCCCUAUAUAACCCCAAUUUCCCUAAGCCACGCAAGGAUUCAGACUCCAAAUCCCUCAGAAUUCCUCAAAAUAACAAUCUUCCCUGAAAAUUUUGAGAUUUCAAAUUACAAAAAAGCUAAACAGUUUUCGUUAUGGAAAUGUACCCAAGUACGAAUGAUUCCGAGUUAGUGAUGCUGGACUCAAUUCGGCGACACUUACUUGGCGAGUCAUCAGACUUCCGACUCGCCGCUUCAACUGAUUGUACCAACGCGGCUCCCCCUAUGUUUUGCAGGAGCUCAAGCUUUAGUCGAUUGCAUACUUGUUUGACUGAAACCUGGGGUGACCUCCCACUCAAAGAAAACGAUUCCGAAGACAUGCUCGUUUUCGGAUUCCUCCGCGAUGCUUUAACUGUCGGCUGGGUCCCAUCCGAUAACUCUUCCCCGAAUAUCCCGCCGAUUAAAUCGGAGCCGAAAGAGGUUUUAAUAGAGACACCUGUGAAAAUAGAAAGUACGGAGGCGGCGACAACGGCGGUUCCCGCUGUGGUUCCUGCCAAAGGGAAGCAUUAUCGGGGAGUUAGGCAAAGGCCGUGGGGGAAGUUCGCUGCUGAGAUUAGGGACCCGGCUAAACACGGGGCUCGGGUUUGGUUAGGUACUUUUGAGACUGCUGAGGAUGCGGCUUUGGCUUAUGAUAGAGCAGCUUACAGGAUGCGUGGCUCGAGAGCUUUGUUGAAUUUUCCAUUGAGGGUGAAUUCCGGGGAGCCUGACCCGGUGAGGGUAACGUCAAAGAGGGCAUCACCGGAGCCGUCUUCGUCCUCUGGCUCGGAGAACGGAUCGCCGAAAAGGAGGAGAAAGGUGGCUGCCUCGGCUCCGGCUGUUGCUCAAGCCGGGUUAGAUAUGGGUUCAGAAGCGGAAGUUAAGCAUCAAGUUGGAUCGUGUACACAUGGCCAACAGUUGUUAGUCAAUUAAUGGUGCCGCGGUAUUGAAUUAAUGAAAGCACAAAUCAGCUUAUGGACAUCCCUCAAUUUAAAAAGAUUAAAAAAAAAAAAAAUGAGGAGUUGAAAUUUAUUUCAAAGUUGAGAGAUUGUUAGGCUUUGUGAAUACAAAGGACUUGUUAUUAUUUCAUUGAAGUUUUGUUGAAUGGGGAUUUUUUUUUUGUUGUUUUGUUUUUACAAAUGAUGUUAACAUUGUGCUUUGAAUGGACAAAAAUGUGAAUAUUCCCAUAAAAUUUUAAAUUAUUAUUAAAAUUUGUGAAAAAAA